AUGAACCUCGAUAUCUGCCCAAAGCGGGGAGAGGAGGAAAAGAAAGCAUUCCGAGUGGGUAGAGCGGUCUGGCAGACGAUGCAAGCAUUUGCGACAAUAACAAAGACGGCUCAGAACAGCGAGGAUGGCGCAGAUGAAAUGAAAGACAGCGGGAAGCCAAGCCACGAAAUGAUCACAGAUGAAGCCGAAGCCAGUGGGGAUUCGGAUGGUGAAGAUGAUAAAGGCGACAAUUUUGAAGCAAUACCGGAUUAUGGUAGUAGUUUCGGUGUUCAACAGGUUUCGGCGAUGCUCGAUACGCCUGCUCACCAGCGCGCUGGCCGCAACAAAAACAUUGUCAUUGUGGGUAGCCAGUUGUCAAAGCUGACGUAUUCCUUUACCCGACGGAGGGUCCAGGACGACUGGUAG